GGGUCUCAGCUGCGCGAGAAAUCUCGAGGAGGAAAAAAGGAAAAAAGCGACUGAGGUACUGAGGGAUCCGUCGGUCUGUUGCGCGUAUGCGCUGUCUGCACUGUGUGCGCGUUCAGUCCUGUGCGUGCCAUCCGUUGCAGUAUUUUGUACUAUUCUGCCUGCUUGGGAAAAGCGUGGGAACUUGACGGACUGAAAGAGGCGCGGACCCAGAACGCCCUCACAGGGCCUGGGACUGAUAUUGAAGCAGACCAACAGCGGGAUACUGAGGUUACGCAGGCAACUGUACAAGCGGACAUCAUGAGCUUCGGGACUUGGUUGCCUGCCUUGGCAAACCUUCUGCUUAUAUGGACACCCGUCCAGGCUCACAUAUAUGAAGACAACUUGGGAGGCCAAAUUUCGCUUCUUGGACCCCUGGUGUGCUUCGCUGUGUUUAUAGCCAUUUGUGCUUGCUUUUGCCGAGAGUGCCGGCGCAGGGAAGCCAUGUUAGCGUCCACCACAGCCGUCCCGGUAGACCCAUUUCAUACUCCAGGUCCCGUUCCUUACGGGCCUGCUGUAGCAGGUGCAAGGCCAGCACCUAUGGCCCAGCCUGUGCGUCCACCUUACAGCCCACCUUACAGCCAGCCGCCAGCACCAUCCCAGAGCCAGCCGCCCCCACCAGGCUUCCUUGGCUACCCUUAUGGCAGCAUGCCCCAGGACCCACCUCCACCAUAUGAGUACAAGUGAUUGCGGUGUGCUGGACUGAAUGACACAAGGACAGUGGAUUAGAAAAGAUGCACCUGUGGUCUACAUCUCAACUCCUGCUAGCCUUGUUAUGCCCCCACAAUGCUUGUUGGUGCUUUCGUAGCUCGCACGCUCAGCCUGUGACAUUCUGGGAUGGCAUCAAGUGGCAGCUGUGGCUCACAAUCUAUACUAUGUGUACUCACUGGCUGUGCUACAACUGUGUUACACAGCGGGAAUAGCCAAUACCACCCCGUGCUUCUGUGGCACACCAAGUUGAGUGUCACUGUACUUGAGAUUACUUUAGUAGUUUGUGUUUUUCUACUUAAGGCAUUACAAGUGGCCUUUCUUGGCGAAGGCAAAGGCAUGUUGUUCUAAAUAUCCAAGGCCUGACUUAUCUUGGAGAAAAUGAAGCAGAUAGUAGUUAUUCUUGAGGUGCUGAUCUCAAAGUGCAGCACUUUCACAGGUGUCUUGUGAAGCAUUAUUCACUCAGGAUUGUAACUCUGCUUUUACAUGAAAUGCAGUGCUUGAACAAGAGGCCAUGGUAUUGCUGUUCGGCUGAAUAUUCUUAUGUGCCUGCCUUAAUAUAUACAGAGUAUACUACAAAUGCCAUUUUUACUAUGUUGCACUGUUACAGUUCUAACGAUGACUGCGUUUGCAAGUACAUUUAGGGUGAGGUUUUGUAGUUUUUUACAUUAGAAACUUCAAUUCUUGAGAACAGGUAUGUGUACGAAUUUUAAUUUUUAAAGUAUGGUUGUAUGAAGAAUAUGGUGCUCUAGGCAUUAUUUCUGAGUUAUCUUACUUGCUAUAUUUAGCUGACCACUGGCUGGAUCCAGUGAACAGCAGCAUUGUUGCCAAAACAUUGCAAUGAAAUCGCGAAAACAUGGAAAUUCUACACUAUUUUCGCUGAAAUAGUAUUGUGACUUUACACUUUGGUGAGUUGCGUCACCAAAUGGUACUAGCAGUGCUUGCACUGGGCCAUUGGAGCUUAUAUAUCACAUUUUGUUGUCCAGAAAAUAAAAUUGUUUUAGUGAA